AUGCUGGGGCCGGCGGUGCGGCUGGCGCUGGGAGCGGGGGAGCUGGUGCCGGCGGCGGCGGGGCUGCCGGGGCGGCUGCUGGCUCUCCUCUGGCCGGCGCUGGUGCUGGGGGCGGCGGCGCUGCUGGAGGAGGAGGAGGAGGAUGGCCCCGCGGGGGCCGGCGGCCGGGCGGCCGGGGCGCUGCCGGCGCGGCAGCCGGAGGAACAAAGGCGCACGGCGCAGGUUCCAGUGAAUGGCCAGCUUGUAACAUCAGCCAACACCAGAGAGAAAAAGCUCCUCAAGCCUAAGAAGAAGAGGAAAGCCCAGUGCUCAGACAAGGAAGUGCCAAAAGAUCUGCUUUCUGUGGAAAAAGACAAACUGCAAGAGGAGGAAGGAGUUUGGCAGACCAAGAUCAGCAGCCGAGAAAAGAGACACUUAAGGAAGGAAAGACUGAAACAAAAAGACCCCAGCAGAGCAUCCCUGGGUAGCUCGGCGGUUGAGCCAGCCUUUGACUGGGAUGAGAAGGGAGCGGUGUGGCCUCUCACAGAGGACACCAGUGGCGGUGGAAAAGGUGCUCUGAUUGCCAAGGCAGAGUGUGGGACCGCGCUGAAGGCCUCAGGAGCCAUAUGGGAAGAAUCGGCGCCCUCCCGGUCAGAAGAGGAUGUUUUCUCCAAUGUAGGAACAUGGGAUAUUGCAGAAGUAAAAUCCUGUCCUGUGACCUUUGGAACGUUAUCAGAGCUGUCCAGGGAGUUAGAUAACGUGAAGAGUAAAUCAUCUGAGGACAGUCCUUCCAGAUGCUGUUGGCAUGGCAGCUCGACUUUCCUCCCCGCAGACGAUGCAUGGCAGGGGCAGGAUGAUCCUUCAGCAAUUGACCUAGACUCUGACUGGAAGGCUCCCACAGAAGAGUGGGGAAACUGGACAGGAGAUGAGGAGCAUCAGACAGGGGACGAGAAGGAGAAGGAUAUGCCAAAAGGCAAACCAGGGAUUAAUUUCUGCCUUUCUGGACUCGAAAGCAAAAUGCAGCGGAAGAAGAAGAAAACUGAAGUGAAGGAAGCAAGGGGUGGAGCUGGACUGAAGCAUCCCCAGCAAGGUUUGGAAACAAGAAUGGAAGAAGGCCCAAGGAACUUGAUAUCUACAAAACAUAGCAGUGAUGCAGUCUGUGCUUCCUUCAGAAAAUCCUUGGACGUUGCUAAUAAUUCACCCAAUAAUGGUGUACCUGGAAAAAAGGAGAGGAGGAAGAGGAAGAAAAUGAAGAAAGAGACUUGAGGGAGCUGCGCAGCUGCCAGAGUGACAACCCAAUGGGGCAGGCAUGCUGAUGAGCUGCAAGGAUUCUGCUUUCUGCGAUGCCGCGCUGAGCCCAAAGUAAAGAGAGGCUCUAGGAGACCUCCCAGCGAGAGGAAGAGGAGAAGAGGAGCAGUGAGCCAGAGAGUGUGAGUGUGUGAGAGAACGGAGAGAAUGAGCACACUGUGCACAGGAGGUGGCAUUGAAACAGAGUGGCUGUUCAUUACAAGCUGCUGCCCUUGAUUAAAAGCUGUUGAAUGGGUUUUGACUGGUUGCAUUAAGUCCUUUCAGUUUUUCACUGUCAUGUUGUUUGUCAACUUGUAUAUGCCAUUGUAGAAAUGGUCAGGACGUACCUGACCAUGAUUGUACUUCAUUUCCGUGGAGGAUCCACCGGCUCGUCUGGUCUCUGGCAUUUUUGCAGAGGUGCUCAUCGACAGGCUAGUAAUGUACAGAAGGAAGCACUGUUCAGAGACAAAGGGCGAAUAACAUGGGUCAUUCUCAAACCUCCUAAGUCUUUUAAAUCCUUGUUGGCUGCUACAGUCAGACUUUUGCCUCAUACCUUGACAUAUUUGUACUUUUCACCCCAUGUCAGGCUAGCUUGCUCCACGAGGGAAAAUUUCUAAAGGAGGUUUUAAACUUAUUUGGAAACAUGGUCUAAACCCUUUUCUUCUAAGAUUUCAUGGUGGGCUAAAGUUUAAAGUCUGUAUGUCCAAAGCAUGUUGCAUUUGUACUUAUAGUAGACUGAAGUAACUUUUAAAAAUAAUUUUUCUUAAUCUGAUGUUUGGAAGUUUUUAUCAUUUUGUUACUUAAAUAUUCUAAUAUAAACUAGAUUUGUGAACAAAAUUUUUAAAAAUGUCAUUUUAGUAUUUAUUGAAGUGUGUGUAUUUCUCAAAGAGUGUGUAUUUCUCGUUGUCAGAGGGCUUAUAGUAUGGAGGAGGGAAUGUGUUACAGUUGAAUACUGUGGUUUAUAAAUAACACUGAGCUGACACCACUAAAAGCUGAAGCCCUUUAUCCCUAGAGGAGCUGCAGCUUUGGUGGUAGCUGUGAGGGUUUCUUCAGAUGGUCCUGAAACUGUGCCUCCACCUGACCCAUCCUAGAAGUGCUGCCUGGAAGGAUGAGAUAGUGAUUGUCAAAUCUCCAUCUGCAUUUGACUUUGUGCCUUUGGAGAUUGUGUGGGAAGAUUACGUUACUAAUGCAUGCUAAACGUAUGCACGUUCCAUUGGUAGGCAUUGGGCUGAUGCUGUGAAAUUCAUUUCACAUAGGACACUGAAUAACCAGGGAUGGUAAUGGCAUUGAAGCGCUACAGCAGCACUCCUGUUUGCAUCAUUGAGCCAGAGGAGAGCUCUGUGCUUCUGCCAUCACAGCCACCCAGUCCCUGAUGCUGGCUUGUCUGAGCUUUACCUGCAGCUCAACACUUUUACCUGAUAGCCUUCAUCUGUUGCAUAGCUGUCAAAGCAGCUGUAUCCUUCAGAGAAGCAAUUAACUGAAGCAAUGUAUUUGUGUUUGGAGUUUAGCUAGUAUAUGUUAAAGGGCAGUUCUCUUGUGCUGUGAUUUUGGGGGUAGCUAGCUGUACAGUGUGCGCUGAAAUUCAGCACGGCAGGAUUGUUUCAGACAGACAGGUGAGGGGUAAUCUUAACUGAUGCCACUUAGCAGCCCACUGUCUAGAAUCUGCACAUCUUGGUGUUUGUGUCUCAGUGUAGUGGAAAUAUAGGCAGUUUAUGAAUGGACUGAAUAGACCAAAGAGCUUUUAUCUGGAAAGUAACUGGUUUGGAGCAGAUGCAUAACAAGAAAAUACAUGGCCUCACUGGAGAAACAAGUACAGGAUUUAGAAGGAUGUUUUAAUGAGUGUGUGGGUAACGAGUAAAGUUCUGCUAUCUCUGAAGCCAAUGGAAAACAUUCAUUGACCUCAUUGGGGCCAGGAUGUUGCCCAAGGUCUUUGUUUAGCAUUGAAGAUAACCUCUG